AUGUCGGGGUCUCAGUGGGAUGAGCUGUGCACGGCCGCAGCCCGGGGAGAAAGAGACAAGGUGCUGGACAUGUUGCAACAAGGAGUAAAUGUGGAUGGACUUAAUAAAUUCCAAAGAACUGCUCUUCAGGUUGGGACGUUUGGGGCCUUUUUGCCCCGCGGAGCGGUGCCAAACGGCGCGUUAGCCCAUGUUUCUACCCUCAUAAUUUUCAUGGCCUUAAUUCGAUAUGAGGCGGCUUGGUGGGGGUUUGUGCUGCUGGGGGGCAGCAGCCCGGUGCUGGGGGGGGGGGGGGGGGUCACGAGGCCCGGCUCCUUUCACGCGCUCCGCUCCGCUUUUGCGCAGGUGGCGCAGCUGGGCCACGGCCGGCUGGUCCGGGACCUGCUGGAGGCCGGGGCCGACCCCAACCGGCCCGACCCGGUCCUCCGCCUCACGGCGACGCACGACGCCGCCCGCGAGGGCUUCCCGGAGUCCGUGCGCGCGCUGCUGGAGCACGGGGCGGACGUGAACCUGCCGGACGCCCACGGGAACCUGCCGCUGCACCUGGCCGCGCGCGAGGGCCACCUGGAGGUGGUGAAGCUGCUGGGCGCGCGCACCGCGCACCCCGGAGCGGCCAACGGCCAGGGCCGCAGCGCGCGGCAGCUGGCGCGCGACUUCGGGAGGGCGCGCGCGGCGGAAUACCUCCAGAAGCAUCUGGAGUCCGAUGUGGGAGUUUAG